GCCUCACUGAAGAACGAGACCUCCUUUCGACUAAGAUACUUUUCGUGUCGGUGUUGCGUUCCAACACCGUUUGGCAACAUGAACUUAUUUGACCUGUGUGUGUUGAUACCCAUGACGUAUAAGUUCUGACCCUAUUUGACUAAUUUUAGCAAGUUGGCGACCAACACUGAUUCCACACAAAAAUGAACUCUGAAGUUCCUCAGAAGCAGAUGUUUGCCGUAGAAGUUCCGGCAAUAGUGAACAACGACGGAAAGCUCCUUGACAUGCUUGGUGGGUUGGACGAAGUGCUCCGGGUUUUUGACUCGGAAAAACUUCGUUUGAGGUUACGCUUUCGUCCCAAGAUGAUUUUUGCUAAACCAGCUUGUGGCGACCCAUCUCAAGUUACUGGUCUGGUGCUCUCCGUGAAGCAGUACAAAAACCGCCUCACAGGUGAGACGAAGUUGGUUCCCACCGUCAUUGCCCGUGUACCUCGGAUGUACACAUUUGAAACUAUGGUAGAUUUCCAGUACGGUCCUUAUGAGCGCGUAAACAACGAGACACCCCCACCACCCUCAACCCUAAAAGGUGAUGAUAAGUACCGUGUGUUCUACGAUGAUUUGAUCAUAAAAGAACCUACCACUACUUGGACUCGUGAUGAUAAGUACCGUGUGUUCUACGAUGAUUUGAUCAUAAAAGAACCUACCACUACUUUGGACUCGUUCCUCUCAAAGAACACACCGCUCUUCCUUCCGCCUAUCCAAUUCUCCCGACAGGAUCUCCCAUUCAACUACAAUUUUGCACCACGGCAUCGGUCUUCCGAGUAUAUAGAAUUAGAAGAGAAAUGUCAUAUCCUUCCUGUCACUAUAUGGAGCGAGAUGGCUCAGUGGUUGGCGCGCGAAUUUACUGACUGGAAGGUCCGUGGUUCGAACCCGACCGAGGCCUCUCGACUUUCCCUGUCUAGGCUCGGGCAACCUGGUAGUAUCCCAGCCCUCAUGCUUCCUCCUGUUCACAUGACAUUUAGGCACUGA